CCCAGCAAAACGGACAGAUUCUGAUUGAUAAUUUAAAGGCAGUCUUUCUGUUCAUCCUUCCAGUUCGCAUCUCCGCCGUUUUUACACAAAGUGUUUCAGCCAGCCAGUCUUACCGCACGACCCAAGCGGACACCAAGCGCCCAGCGGUACCGGGUGAAGCCUCGGUGGCGUGAAGGCAGGUGUUGAGGACUGUCCUUCUCUCUCUACCUCAUUCUGUUGUUCUGAGUCAUGGCGACCUCUCUGCUCAGCAGGCAGCUGGUCCUCUCCCUCCAGCAGAACCUCAGGCUCACUGCACCAGGCUGCAGGUAUGCGAGUAAGGCAGCAGCUAAGACUCAGAUGGAGUUUGAGUACGACGGGCCGUCCAUGAAGACCGAGGUCCCAGGACCCCGUUCCAAGGAGCUGACCAAACAGUUGGGAGAGAUGCAGAAUGUGGGAGCAAUCAAUUUCUUCUGUAACUAUGAGGAGAGCAGAGGAAACUACCUGGUGGACGUGGACGGAAACCGCAUGCUGGACGUCUACACACAGAUCUCCUCUAUUCCUAUAGGAUACAAC